GGAUAAAUUUUGGAAAAUAGCUGUUUCAAUGUCAUCUGUGUCUCUGGAUGCUACAGUAUUUAACGCUUUCUCCAGUUUGUCUGAGUAAAAGCUCUCGCGGCAAAGAGAACCUUCCUCCCUUUUAUGUCGCUUUGCCGCUAGCGGUUGGGUUCCACAAAAGACUAUAGAACGGAGAAAUACACGACCGAAAGCUAUCGAAAUUGGCGGUACCUUUUUUCUUCCGCUUUAAAAGGAGCUCGUCGAAAAGUGCACGUAGAUAAUCGAAUAGCAAUCCAAAGCUAAAAAAGGCUCGAUUUUUAUAUUUCCAUCUAUAUAUCUAAAGUUCUCUCCAAAUCCGAACCGUCAUGUCAUUGCGUAGGCGCACCUUGCUCAAGGUCAUCGUCCUUGGCGACAGCGGGGUUGGCAAGACGUCGUUGAUGAAUCAAUAUGUGCACAAGAGGUUCACUCAGCAGUAUAAAGCUACAAUUGGUGCCGACUUUGUCACGAAAGAGCUACAAAUUGAUGACAGGCUCGUCACUCUGCAAAUCUGGGACACGGCUGGGCAAGAGCGGUUUCAAAGUCUUGGAGUUGCAUUUUAUAGAGGGGCAGAUUGCUGUGUUCUAGUUUAUGAUGUUAACGUGAUGAAAUCGUUUGAUACUCUUGACAACUGGCACGAGGAGUUUCUUAAACAGGCAAACCCAGCUAAUCCCAGGACAUUUCCAUUUAUACUACUCGGAAACAAGAUUGAUGUUGAUGGUGGGAAUAGUCGUGUGGUUUCUGAGAAGAAAGCAAAGGAGUGGUGUGCUUCAAAAGGCAACAUCCCUUACUUUGAGACAUCAGCAAAAGAGGAUUAUAAUGUUGAUCCUGCAUUCUUCAGUAUUGGCAAGACCGCACUAGCCAAUGAGCGUGACCAGGACAUAUAUUUCCAGGGUAUACCUGAGGUUGCUUCAGAGGCGGAGCAAAGUGGUGGUUGUGCGUGCUGAUCUGAGAUCUCAAAUAAUCUGACGGACCUAGUAUCGUUUUGUGUUCUGAUUUAUUGGUUCUUGUGAUUCGUCUAUUUUCUGUUUUGUUUUUGGAUACAACCUGUUUACUGAGUUCUUGCUAGUUCAUGUUCAUGCUCGAAUGUGAUCAUUUCCAUUUCGGGAAGGGAUAGUCUUGUAGAAACCUAUCUUGGAUUGAUUCACCACGAGUUGUUUAUGCAUAGAUUAGGAAAUGAAUGCUCCAUUUGUGGUAAUGAAACUGCCAUACUAAAUUUUGCGGUAUA